UCACUUCCGCGCGCCGCCGUAAACGUCAGUGUCGGGCGCGUACGGUGGCGGUGAGGUGUGCUAUUAAAGUUUGGUCUUGGUUGCCUUUUGCCAGCUAUGGAGAGUGAUUUCUAUCUGCGUUACUAUGUGGGUCACAAGGGCAAAUUCGGCCACGAAUUCCUGGAGUUUGAGUUCCGGCCGGACGGGAAACUGAGAUACGCCAACAACAGCAAUUACAAAAAUGAUGUCAUGAUCAGAAAAGAGGCUUAUGUACAUAAAAGUGUGAUGGAGGAACUGAAGAGAAUAAUUGAUGACAGUGAAAUUACCAAAGAGGAUGAUGCUCUGUGGCCUCCUCCUGACCGAGUGGGCCGGCAGAUCAAAAUCACAACAGGAUUUUUCCUAAAACCUGAUGGAGCCUCAAAUUCAUGGAAGAUCAAAGGGGCAAGAGUAGCCAAGAUAAUUUUGAAGAUUUCUUAUAAAACUAUAGUCAUUUGUAUGGUGACAUUGCCUCAGGAAUUGACCACUAAACCAAUGGGACGGAAUAGAGAACCUAGAAACAUUAACCCAUGAAUAUACUGGAACUUGGAACAGUAUAUGACAGAGGUGGGCUUUCAAAUUAGUAGAAAAAGGAUGGACUGUUUAACAAAGUAUACCAAGUUGAUUGGCAAUAUAUUUACAGAGUAUUUUUUAAUUAGACGAUUUAUAGAAAUAAAGCAAAAUUUUAAAACAUAAAAGAA